AUGGCAUUGUCGUGUCAAACACAACUUUUCUGCGUCAUUGACUGUAUUCGUGACGCAUCGGUUUCGCGUGUUGAUGCGGUCGUCUCAGGAGCUGUCAAUUUUUGUUCAGCCAUGUAUGCUGGUGUAGGAACAUUUGGCUACGUGGCGUUCUUUUCUCGAUCUCUUCAUGGUGAUGUACUCGUCGAACUAGAAUCAUCUUUUCUCACACAACUCCUUAAACUGGCGUUCAUGUUGUCGAUAGCGAUUUCUAUACCGCUGAUGUUGUUCCCAGCACGAAUUGCGCUUUUCAACUUGGUAUUGCGGCCGAGGAAUUGCGAGCUGCCAGUGUCACAUGCAAUGCGCUACUCGACAUUUCAUGUACUGACAUUUGUAAUUUUAUUGUUCAAUUUGACAAUCGCACUUAUAAUUCCUAAUGUGAAUUGUGCUCGGUUUGACUGGAUCACUGAUUGGCUCAUUGGUAUAUGUUUGGUUGCUGGUUUCUUCAUACUGUUAGCAAGCACGUGGGCGACUCUACAAGUGGAACAAACCUCACGUGUUGCUGAAAAGGUG